ACGCUAGGGCAUGAAACAACGUCGUUUGACGGUCUGCUCGUAUAAAUUGUAUGAACACAAAAAUUGUCCUCCUCUUCUCUCUCUUCCGGCAACUUUUCUGUUACAAUGGCGAUGGCUGAAGAAGGGAAGAAGGGAGGAAGGGAAGGGAAUAAUUUGCUAGGCUCACCAACCUUUACAGAGCUCGAAAAUGGCAGGUUGAAGUGCGUAGAGACGGGGCACGAGAUGCUAACCAAAGACAGUGAAUCAUAUUCGCAGAGUAAACGAUGCCGUUUGGGUCUCAUCGACUUUGCUUUGGCUCAUAAUAAGUCCCCUCUCAAUAUGUUCAAGCAAGACCCUCUCUGCCGUUCAAAGUUGAUAUGUAAGCUGACAGGGGAUACUGUAAAUAAGUCUGAGGAACAUAUCUGGAAGCACAUCAAUGGCAAACGGUUCCUUAACAAAUUAGAGCAAAAGGAAAUGGGGACAGUUGAGGACAAGCAACAGGAACAAUUGAAGUCUAGCACAGAUGGGCAGAAGAAGAAGAAGAAGAAGAAAAAGAAGGAAAAGGACGAAAAGCAGGUUCAGGAAAUAAUUUCUGAAGUAAGGAAUUCUUCCGAUAAGAACAGUGAUUCUGAAGAAGAAGACUUUUGGAUGCCACCUGUGGGAGAUCGCUGGGACUUUGAUGAUGGAGGAGAUAGAUGGGGUUCUGAGGGAGAGUCAGGGCAGGAAAGUGGAGAAGCAAAUGAAACAGUUGAAGAGAACAGUAAGGAAUCAGAUGAACUCUCUAAGCGGACAAAGAGAAUGUCAAUCGAAAUUGGACCUAGUAGCUUUGCCUCUAGGAAGAAGAAGAAUAAGAAGAAGUGAAGAACUCCACAUGUUCAUUGCAACUGCAAGAACUUUCUAUAUGCACCAUUCGCAGUGUCAAAAAGGAUGUCAGGGACUCUGAGAAUAUAAGAUAUUGAGUUGGAAAUGUUUCCUGCAUGUUGACUAAAUUGUAGAAGACUAGUGUGAAUUUUUUUAUUUAAUUUUUUUUCCUCCUUGUUGGAAUUUUGCAAUAUGAAUAUUCGUAGCAUCUUCUUUGGGCUGAUAAAGGUAUAUUUCGCUGCCUUCAUCAUGUGAGAGAUAGGGUGUGCUCCGGUUCUAAAUUUUGAUAGAGAUCAUUCUACCAUUAACUUUC